CUGCAGUACACGACGGAGCUUCAUUCUCCUCGCCUGGCUAUUCUGCAAAUCUAACGAACUCUGCGUUCAGCCGUCCCAAUAUGGCCCUGCAUGUCUACGCCGGCUACUCUGUGGUACGGUCUCCUAGUGGCUGACCGAGGUUUGGAUUCGAACUGGAGGCUGACAGGCUUCCAUUCCAAGCCGCUGCCAGCCGCCAUCCCAAUUCGGUGCCGCGCCCUCUAUAUAAACCUGGUUUCAGCCUCGCUCAGCCUCCCCAGCUCUCUCCCUCUGACCGUCACGAACUCCCUCCGAGCUCGCUCUGUCACUGGUCCGCUAUCCACUUGCUUUCGUACAUCCUACCCCCACAACCUAUCCCACCAUGAGACUCACCCCGAGCUCGUCCCUCCUCAUCGCUACCCUCGCACUCUCGUCCUCGUCGUCUAGUCUGGCGGCUCCCACGGACAGCGACGUCAAUGAACUGUCAUCCUCUUCGAGUAUGCAUGGGAUCCACUCGUCUUCCAGGCGGGACUCAAUGAACAUGCACGUGUCGGACGGCGGCAUCAACAUGAACCUAGACCAGGACCAACCUCGGCCGGACCGCGAGAGGCACAGGGUCUACCAGAAGCGCCUCGAUCUUGGGGCUGUCCUCUCGGGAGUCCCCAUCCUGGGGCCUGCCCUCGCUCCGCUCCUGCCUGCUCUGGAGCCCAUCUUCGCCGCGCUCGGUCUCGGCGCCGCCGCCAACGGCGGUCCCAGCGCUCUCCUGGCGCUCACCCCGGGCCAGGUCGGCCAAGUCCAGCAAGCCGUCGCUCAGGCGAUCCUCAGCGCUGGGCCUGCCAACGUCACGGGCAUUACCGCCUCGCUUCCAGUGCCCCCGCUUCCUACAGGCGUUGUCACCAACAUCACUGCGAACGUGCCCGUGGGCAAGCGCGACGAUUGCGACUACUCUGGCGGGAACAUGGCUUCGGACUGCUCUUCCACUGGGAGCCCCUCUGGUGUGUCUUCGACCUGGUCACCUGUCUCUACCUUCGCGGCCUUCUCGGCGCCCUCCAACGUGCCUCUGGAUGGCCCUGCUGCCUUCGCUGCCCCGAGCGGUCUCCCUGUGUCUCCUCCGACCGGCUUGAUCCCCGUCGGUGCAAACCCUCUCUCGCCGUCGCUGCCUGUGAACCCUCCCAACACGCCGGUCGCGCUUCCAAUCCCGGUGGGCCCGUUCAACGGCUCCGCUUCUUCUGCGUCUUCGUCUGCUGGGACCACGCCGACGGCUGCGCCUGAGGAGAUUGACAUCGACAACGACACGACCCCGCCGCUGUUCAUGUCAUCGACUGCCCCCUACCCCCCUCCCACCCCGCUGUUCUAAAGGCCUCCAAAUAAUCCAAAUCAUAUAUCCCUGUAAUGUGGUUCCCUGCCUAGUUUGAUACCAUAUCAAUCCAUUAAUUCGCGGUCCUUGGCAUCUUUGUCUUUCUGUAUAAUCCCAGUCAUAACCCAUAACAUAGUGUGUAUCCAUCGGUCCUUACGUAGUACUAUACCAUACCAAUCGACUUAUUUGCGGUCAUUGA